AUGGCGAUAUACAACAGCUCACAACACGCGGUCACAUUCAGAGCUGGAACGGAGAUGAUGGCUGUCAGUGAGGAGAAAGUGUCCAUCCCUUUUGGAUCUAAAGAGUUGCAGGGUGCCCUCAUGGUUCCUGAAACAAAAUGCGUCCAAACCGCUCUUAUCCUUACACACGGAGCAGGGGGAGAUAUGAACAUGAAGCCAUUGAUGUCUUUGGCCCGAGCCGUCGCCACGUCCGGUUUACUCUGCCUUCGUUUCACAUGCAAAAGCCUGAACUUGAUGCACAGAGUAAGAGCCUACGAAGCAGCCGUGAUGUACAUAAAAACCCAUAAUAGAUUUACACUGAGUAACGUGUUCCUUGGAGGACGUUCUAUGGGAGCUCGAGCUGCUGUGGCUCUAGGCAGACAUUUGAGUGCCAAGGAAGAGGUUAAUAUCCAAGGACUGUUGUGUGUGUCUUUCCCUCUCCAUCCUCCUGGCCAAACACAUGCUCAUAUUAAACGUAGUGAGGACCUGAGAGCGCUUUCCCACAUUCCUGUGCUCUUUGUAUCCGGCACUUCAGACAACAUGUGUGAAUGUCAACUUCUGGAACAUGUUGUGAAACAGAUGAAGAGCCCAAGCUUAGUGCAUUGGGUGGAGGGAGCCAAUCAUGGACUGGCAGUAAAGGGGAGAACUGAGGAGUCUGUGCAAGAUGAGAUCAACUCGCAGAUCAUCACAUGGAUACUUAAACAUGUCUGAAGAUGGAUGCUAUACUGACAUGACUGGUCCAAUAUUAUCUGCAACCCCGAUUUGGAGGUGAUAUUAUGUUCUAUGUUUUCUUGGUGAAGAGAAAAUAACACUAUGUUUGUAAAUAAAUAAAUCUUUAUAUUGUGGUGGUCUUCUGACGUACUUUAAAAGCCUUGUUAAAUAUUGACCCCUUAAGGAGAAAAUAGGAA